GGGAAAAAAGACGACGACUCGAAGGAAAGGGAGUAAACAGACAGUAAAACCAGAAGCGGGAUCCUUUACUGUAGCACGAGUCCCUGCGUUCCCCCCUGAAGUAAUUCCUGGGUUAUUCCGGAACAGAUCAGGGCACAAUUUAAAGACAGAUCGAACUCUGCUGUGCCUAGUGAUCUUAUUAUCUUCGUGUUUUGUCAAUAAUAAUACGAGGAUCAGGACUGGAUUUCCCUGCCUAGUAAAAUCAUGAGCGUCAUCGACAUUCUGACCAGAGUUGAUUCGAUCUGUAAGAAGUACGACAAAUACGACGUUGAUAAGCACAAGGAUUCUAAUAUUUCUGGCGACGAUGCCUUUGCUCGACUAUACGCCAUCGUCGAUGCCGACAUCGAGGCUGCUCUUCAGAAAGCAGAAACGGCUUCCAAGGAGAAAAAUAGGGCAUCUGCCGUGGCGAUCAACGCGGAGCUUCGUCGCACCAAGGCUCGGUUGCUGGAGGAGGUCCCCAAGUUGCAGAGGUUGGCAGUGAAAAAGGUAAAGGGGCUUCCACCAGAAGAAUUUGCUGCACGUAAUGAUUUGGUUCUUGCAUUGCCAGAGAGGAUCCAAGCUAUCCCAGAUGGGGCUCCAGCUGCCCCCAAACAAACUGGAUUCUGGGCGGCUUCUGCUUCACGUACUGAAAUCAAAUUUGAUUCAGAUGGACAAUUUGACAGUGAAUACUUCCAGCAAACUGAGGAAUCAAGUCAAUUCAGGCAGGAGUAUGAAAUGCGUAGGAUGAAGCAGGAUCAAGGUUUGGAAGUGAUCUCAGAAGGAUUGGAUACGUUGAAAAACAUGGCGCAUGAUAUGAAUGAGGAACUGGAUAGGCAAGUCCCAUUGAUGGAUGAGAUUGAUACUAAGGUGGACAAGGCAUCCUCUGAUCUUAAGAAUACCAAUGUCAGACUUAAACACACAGUCAAUCAGCUUCGAUCGAGUCGAAACUUCUGUAUUGAUAUUGUGUUGUUGAUUAUAAUUCUGGGAAUUGCUGCCUAUCUGUACAAUGUACUAAAGAAAUGAUGAUCAGCACAAGACUAUUGAAUGUGCUUGGUGUGCCCGCAUGGCUUGCCUAUAUUUCUUGUAUUUUCCGGGGAAUGUGGUGCCUUUUCUUUUCUUUUAUUUUGCUUUUUUCUUUUUGGAAAAAAAUUAGGGACUCGAGAGAUUUGCAUUCGUCAUUCAAAGACAGACCUGUGUUUGCCGGCAUGUAUCAUUAUGAGAAAUAGGUUGCUGAUCGCUGUAUAUGCUGUUUCAGAAUUGUCGCCAAACUUGGCUCUCUGAUUUCCCAAUCUGGAAAUACUUGUGUAACUUCUGUAAUGUUGGCAUCAAGGUUCAUAUUAUGUUUAUAA